UGUUUCGCCUCCCCUUGCUUUCCGAGUUUCUUUCUUCCUUUUUUUGCGGUGUUAUUGGCGGAAGCGUGUGCGACCUCCUCCUGUCAUUGAUCAUUUACUCCCUAACUAAAGAAACGUCUAACACCGAAAUACUUGCUGUGUAUUAAGAGAGGUCAGAAACUACGAUAAUGGCUAAAUGCACCCCAAACACUGGAAAUAAGCAACUGGAUGAAGCCAUUACACAGUGGCUUCAGUACGAUAAAAAUCCUCAGACAUUGGAAAUAGUUAAGAAACUCGUUGCUGAUAACAACAUUGAGGAAUUAAAUGUCUGCUUUGGUUCACGAAUGGAUUUUGGAACUGCCGGUCUUCGUUCUGCAAUGGGAGCUGGAACCUCCCGUAUGAAUGAUCUGACUGUCAUCCAGACAACUCAGGGAUUCUGCAGAUAUCUUGAACAACAUUUCAUCGAUCUCAAAGAAAGAGGAGUAGUGAUUGGAUUUGAUGCAAGAGCUCAUCCCGCAAGUGGCGGGAACAGUAAGAGGUUUGCAACACUGGCUGCUACUGUCUUUGUGAGUCAUGGAGUUCCAGUGUUUCUCUUCUCCAGUAUCACCCCGACUCCUUUUGUGCCAUAUACAGUAACUUACAAGAAGCUAUGUGCAGGAAUAAUGGUGACUGCAUCUCACAACCCCAAGCAGGACAAUGGUUACAAGGUAUAUUGGAGCAAUGGUUCUCAGAUUAUCCCUCCACAUGAUGCAGGUAUAGCAUCUGCCAUAGAAGAAAAUCUUGAGCCUUGGCCUCAGUCCUGGGAUGAAAUGCUUAUAAAGGACAGUCCCCUACUUAAGGAUCCUUAUGCAGAAAUCAAUCGGCACUAUUUCCAGGAUAUUCAGCAGCACUGCUUUCACAGAAAUAUCAAUAAGACUUCCAAGGAAAAGUUUGUGCAUACAUCUGUUCAUGGAGUAGGACAUGAAUUUGUCAAGUCAGCCUUUAAGGCCUUUGACCUUGCUCAGCCUUAUGCAGUACCUGAGCAGAAGGACCCUGAUCCUGAGUUCUCCACUGUGAAGUAUCCUAACCCAGAAGAAGGAAAAGGUGUACUGACAUUGUCAUUUGCAUUGGCAGCCAAAGAAGGAGCAAGCAUCAUACUGGCAAAUGAUCCAGAUGCUGAUCGAUUGGCUGUUGCUGAAAAACAAGAAAGUGGAGAAUGGAAAGUAUUUUCAGGAAAUGAGCUGGGGGCCUUACUAGGCUGGUGGAUGUUUACCUGCUGGAAAGAACAAAAUAAAGAUCCUGCUGCUGUCAAAGAUGUGUAUAUGUUGGCCAGCACAGUCUCAUCAAAAAUUCUACGUGCUAUUGCUGUUAAAGAGGGCUUCCACUUUGAGGAAACACUGACAGGAUUCAAAUGGAUGGGAAACAGAAGCCACCAGCUGCUAGAACAAGGGAAAAAGGUUUUGUUUGCUUUUGAAGAAGCCAUUGGUUAUAUGUGUAGUCCUGUAGUUCUUGAUAAAGAUGGAGUGAGUGCAGCUGCUAUCACUGCAGAAAUGGCCUGCUACCUUGCAACUAAAGACACAUCACUGUCUCAGCAACUAAAGCAUAUCUAUGAAGAGUACGGUUACCACAUUACUAAGGCCUCUUACUUUAUCUGCUAUGAUUCAGAGACAAUCAAAAAGUUAUUUAACAGACUAAGAAACUUUGAAGGUGAAGGCACAUAUCCAAAAACCUGUGGCAGUUUUACAGUAUCUGGAGUUCGAGAUCUCACCACAGGUUAUGACAGCAAUGAAUCAGACAAGAAAGCUAUUCUUCCUACCAGUAAAAGCAGUGAAAUGUUAACAUUCACUUUCUCUAAUGGAGGUGUGGCCACAAUGAGGACAAGUGGGACAGAACCAAAAAUCAAAUAUUACGCUGAGAUAUGUGCCCCUCCUGGUAACAGUGACCCAGAGCAGCUAAAAACAGAGCUUAAGAGCUUGGUGGAUGCCAUUGUGGAGGAUUUCUUUGAACCAGAGAAAAAUAAUCUAACACCUCAGCCACAGUAGAGCAACAUUACUUGAAGUUUAUUACUUGAGUUUACUUAAAUGGUUGUAUUUUGAACAGAUUCAAGGCAGUGCAUAAUUAUUUAGGUAUAAUAGUAUGGAUGCUUUUGUUUUUAUAUUUACAUCAAGAAUAGUCUUAUACAACACAUGGGUCCAGAGCUGUUGAAAGUAUUCUACAUUUAUGGCUCUAACUGGAAGUAUGAAUUUCCUUUUAUUCUAUUAUAGAUUCAAAACUGUAACCAUUUACCUAAGUUGUCUAUUAGUUUUAUCUAAAUAUGCACAGACUAUAAAAUGAAAUUAUUAACAUAAUUAUUUUUAUUUAAAAAGAAGUUUCAGUGUAGUAAUAUCACAGUUGCUAUAAAAUAUUUUUAGUCUUGUCACUUAAUUUGAAUAAUAUGUCCAAAUUUUAAUUUAUUACUCCUUUGUUUCAGACAUUCUGAUUUUCCAUGUUUGUUCCAUUCAGUUCUUCAAACACCUAAUUUAAUUACGCCAUGGACUAUUCAAGUUAUCGAUGUCUGUAUUCACAUUGUGGACCCAAAAAUUACCAAAAGAGUCAAUUUACUCAGAGUACAGUACUCUAAAUCUGUUAACCCAUUUAAGUGAUAUCACUGAUUUUUAUGAGAAGUUUGGUUUUCUUCAGUGACUAAACUACAGUACCUAAAGCCAUGUACAGAUGACAGUAUUUCAGAGCUCCUGAUAUAUUUUAUUUGUUAGAUGAUAUGGUGGUUAUUUUCGUUGUCUGAAAUAAUCACAUUCUGCCAUGAGUAGAACUGAGAUAAAUCAGAUAAACUUUUUUCCUUGAAUAGAGUGUAGUACUAAGAAAAUUGUUUUUGUCCUGGGGCUUUUUUGGAAUUUGCUGUUUGUUUUCUAAAAUAGAACUGGUAUGUGCUGUACAAUGUACAGCACUCCAUCCCCAAUAAUGGUCAGUUAGUCAUUCCAAAACCAACCAAAUCCAAGUUAGGAUCACAUGGACCAAAACCUUCCAGCAGUACUGGCCACAGGACAGGAAGCCAGUCCAUCACAUACUGAGAGGUAAACUGAUGUAGGCACAGGGAGAAUAUACAAACUGAGCCCUCUGCCACCAUGUUAAGACUGAUAGUUGCUCCUUUGAAUUGCAUUUGGAUUUUGUAUUCAUUUUUAAGGUGGAAACUCUCCUUUGUUGUAGUCUUUGAUGAGAUAUUUGAUUUCCAGUGCAAACACAAGAUAUGUUUAUAUGUUUUAUAUAUCAUUUUUGUUUAUUGACUAGAUAUGUGAAUUCAUCUUUAAAAAUUUUAUUUAUUAAAUACUUUUUGCUGCUAAUUUUAGGCAAUAACUCAAAAUGCACUGGUAAAUUAUACAAGCAUAUAUUUUUUAGGAUUCUUUUAAACUACAGUAGCUCAUACCUUUAUCAUUCAUUGACACUUUAUGUGAAUGCUGUAUAUGACAUAUUUUAAUAUAUUCACAUUCUGUCCAUAAACUGCUACAGUU